GCGCACCUCGCGGCAUCCGAAACCAACACAAACACCUCGUUGCAAUCGCUGGUCGCCGCCGCCGCCGCAGCCGUCGACGGCGAAGGGGAGAUCAGAGCCAAAGGAUUGAUCCGUGGCUGCUCCGUGGGGGGCGAUGGCGAUGCCGCGGUCGCCGGGCGCGGGCUCGCUCCGGUUUCUUGGCCUCCUGAAGCAGCCGGAGUCGGGGCCCGACGGCGCGGCGCCGCCGUUCGAGCUCGACGAGAGCGACGUGGUGUGGCCGGCCGGCGGUGUCGGGGACGACGGUUACUGCUGCCCGGCGCCGCCACACCCGGAGGGCCCACCGCGCGCGCCCCGCCGCGCCCACACGGUGCCGCAGAGCUUCGGGCUGUCGUCGCUGCUCGCCAACGGGGGGCGCGGCGGCGGCAGCGACGACGGGCGUCAGGAUGGAGUGGCCGUGCCCGUGAGGGCCGCGGCGGCGCCGGGUGGAGGCGCCGCGGCACCGAGGCGGUCGGCACCGGUGAGGGUCCCGAUGUGGCCGGGCAAGGGCGCCGCCGCCAACAACGUCGUCGGCGGCGAGGAGUCCGACGACAACGAGGACGACGAGAUGGUGCCGCCGCACGUGGUGGCGGCGCGGCGGCACGCGCGGUCGUCGUCGGUGCUGGAGGGCGCCGGGAGGACGCUCAAGGGGCGCGACCUCCGCCGCGUCCGCAACGCCGUGCUCCGGCAGACCGGAUUCCUCGACCUCUGAAGAAUCCAAAGCAUCCCAUCGCCAUCAUCAUAUCUUGAUUAGCCAUUUCUCAUCAUCAGUUUUCCGGUGUGACUAAAAAAAAAAACUUUGUCAUUUCAUUUAUGAAUGUCUCAACACCUGAAUUGAAUUCAUUAGUUCAUUCAAUUUGAUUGGUCUCUGGGAAUUAGAGAUCAAA